GCAUUUCCAGGAAAGGUGAACACGUGAAAACGCCUCUGUCAUUAGAGAGUUGGACAAUUCAAGAUCGCUCCUCAACUUAGCAAGCUAGAAAGAUCAAACUUCAGAGAUGGCAAUGGCUGUUGCAGCAGGUUCCACUAGUGGACACUUUGUAUCUGGAGAAACUCGACUGAUUCUCAUCGGAAAGACUGGAGCUGGUAAAAGUUCCACUGGGAAUAACAUAAUUGGGCAACCAAUAUUCAAAGUUGACUUUUCAGCCUCUUCGAUCACAAAAUCAUGUGAACACAUCAUGUUUGAGAGAUUUGGCAGGGACAUUUUACUGGUUGACUGCCCUGGUUUCUUUGAUACUGGAUCUAGUCAGAGAAGUCUCGAGCAAGAGCUAAAGAAAAGUAUCGUCCUAACCUCUCCUGGUGUGCACGCGAUUCUGUUUGUGGUUGGUAUGGGGAGGUUUACCGAAGAAGAGGUAACGUCUGUGAAAAGAUUUCUAACGUUUUUUGGCUCGGAGUCCAAACGUAACGUGAUUGUCAUAUUCACGAGGAAGGAAGAGCUUGAGAAGAAUGGGAAGAGUCUGAAAGUUUUCAUCAACUCCCAUUAGGAACUGAAGGCUUUCAUUGAGGAGACCGGUCGGAAUUACAUUGCUGUAAACAACAACUCCACCGAGGACAACGAAGAGUUUGCCCUGGAGUUACUGGGCCUGGUAGACGGGCUUACGAAACGGAAUGGAGGUCACUUCACAAAUAAAAUGUAUCAGGAAGCUGAGCGACAAAUGAGGGAAUUUGAGGGAAGAACACUGGGUAAACUGUUAUCUGCAAACAAAACAUCGGAAGAGAAGGCUAUUGCUGACGGUAUCUUGGAAUACAGUCAGACACUCUCUGACUACUCCGAGUCUCAAAAGAAGUUUCUGUUGGCCAAGAGGAGCCAGGCUCUCCAUGAUGAGUAUCGCCAGAUCCAAGAAAAGGAAGCGAGACGAUUGGCCAGGGAUAGCUUUGACAGUACCGACAUCAACUGGAAAGUAUUGGCCGGGGUAGUUGCUGCUGCUGCUGCUGGGUUAGCUGUGAGUUAUGUCGCAGGCACUACACCAAUAGUGGCUGCAGUAGCCGCAUUUUUCCGUUUUAAAUAACACUGUUAAACAAUAUGUCUAAAGCACCAACAUUCCAGCUGUAUAACGAUAACCUUUAGGUAUUCACUUCUUAUGUAUCUACUCUCUUGAACAAUGCUUCCUGUGCAACAUCAUCACCGGAUCAAUGCUCCCAAUGUGGCCAGUGAAUCUAUCAUCUGGACUGAACAACGCUUCACGUGUAUCUACCAUCUUGAACAAUGGUGCCAAUGUGCCUAUCGUCUUGGGCAGCGCUCCCGUAGUAUCUAUUGUCUUGGUGGGAACAACGCUGCCACUAUAUCCAUCGCCGUGAUUGGAGCAACUUUGAAUUAUUAUUUGUCGUAUCUAAAAUGAAACUGUUGUUACAAUAUUGCUGUAAAUUAAUCAACUAGAGGCAACCAGAACGAUUUGUUGUCUCGUACCCCAACAAAACCCUCGGAUCAUUUUCCAACAAGACAAUGCACAACCACACACAGCGCACAUCAACAUGAACCGUCUCAGUGCCAACAAUGUGAACGAUUUACCAUGGCCAGCCCCUUCUCCAAUUGAACAUGUGUCGGAUCAUUUGAGACAUUAGAAUUAGAGAAGACAGGUUCCAGUCACAAUUAGACAUAGUUUAUUGCAUGCAUAGGAAGGCCGUUGCAUUCCACCACUAGUCAAUCCACAUCUGAUGUACUCAGAGGGAAUGCCGUUAUUGAUGCCCCUGGUGGCUGCACACAAGAUUGAGAAAAGUGAAAAUCAUGCAACAAUGACUGACCUUAAACGGUUUUUAAAUUCAUUGUUGAAGAUCGACAACUGGACAACUUACCCCAUUCUCAUGAUUGUGCCCCAUAUACACUUUGUUUUAUCUAAUAACCAUAGAAUAUUUCUUAUGUUCACGCAAGACUAUUAUUUCUCAUUUGUCUCUUAUUUCAGUGGUUGUCAUAACUUGCUUUGGAUAGAUUCUUUUGCCCACGAGUGCUGUUAAGAACAUGUCUAUCGAAAAUGAAAUGAAAU